AAUAGCCCUAAAAAUAAAAUUAAAGUAUGUGAGUUGUGCUGUUGAAUGAAAAAAAAAGUAGGCGGAAGUGUUUAUACUUUUAUUAAUAGUUGAAUUGUUCGUAAUAUCUUUGAGUAGUACAUAUCGUUUACUCUGGUCAGGUUGAUUAAAUAUUUUGUGUUUGAAUAUCAGGAGUAAUUUAUAAACUGACAAAACGAGUUUAAUCGAUGCGAAAAAGAGAAUGAACACAAUUUAAAUAUGACCCUUAUAUUUAUUUACACCUGAUCUUAUACUCAUUAUACCGAUUGUUAUAUAAAGCAUAUUAGUAUUUUCGAAAUAAUUAAUCAAAUGGAUUCUCAAGUUGGAUAUCACGAGAGUAGGGGUGGGGAUUCUAAUCCUCCUCCCGAAAAAAUGAAAAUGACAGAAAUGCAGUUAAAUAAAACAGAAUUAAUGUUAUUGCGUGAAUGUAAUAGAGAAAGUUUUUAUUACAGAUGUUUGCCAUUUGCAUUUUUUGGUAUGGCUGCUACAUAUUAUGCUGUUAAAACUGGUUAUUUAAGAGGCCAUCCGAAAUUUGGACCAGCUUUCAAAAUGACAGGUGCUGCAUUUGCUGGAUGGUUUUUAGGUAAAUUUUCUUAUAGAAGUAUAUGCGAAGAUAAGUUUCUGAAUCUUGAAAAUAGUGCCAUUGGUAAUGCUAUACGAAAAAAGAGAGGAUAUCAGUUGAAAGGAGAUGAGAGUGAAGCAAAUCUGUCUUUUAGAACUGUUGAAGAUUACUCUACAGUUAAAGAUAAUAAUCAAGCUUCAUAUUCUGGUGGGGAUUUCCAUUCAAGUUCAGGUUCUUUGAAUUUUGACAGAAAUGAGCCAUCAUCAGAGUUAGAUGAUAGAGAUAGGCCAUCAUUAGAUAGUAACCAAAGUUUACCUGAUGAAUCACAAUCAGUUAGACAAUCUACCACUUACGAUGAGUUACGAAGGAAAAAUAGGGAAGACUAUGAAAAUCGCCAAUAUCGCCAAGCAGAGGUUCCAAAAUCAGAUACUUAUCGUCGACCAUGGAAUCCUAAUGUUUCAGAACCCCUAAGAAGAACUAGUAAUAAUCCUCAAGAUGAUAUUUCAAGGAAUACAUAUGGUGAUUCAUGGGACAAUCCAAAAUUUUCAUAGAAGAGCAUAGGUUUACUUAAACUGUAAUUUGUUUUGUUCAUUGCUAAUAAAUAAACAGAAAUAUCUAUGAUUAGAAGAUAUCUUAUGGUGCUUAAUUAUGUAAAGUAUGCAUUAAAAUAAAAGUAAAGGAAUACCUCUGA